UGUCUGUGAGUUUUUUUUCUCCGAUUUAAAUUUUUUUUCACGUUAAAAUCUUUUCUCCACUAUUCUCUUCCUUCUCUUUAUUUUCAAUUAAAUUCGAUCCAGUCUUUUGCAUUGCAUUGAUACUUCGAGAAUAUAACAAUCCCAACCAAUGAGAUUGGUAUUGAGUGGCUAUUUUUCAUGGGAGACAGUAGAAUCAUUCAAUUCCAAACUAUUUGACCCUACUACCAAUUAAUCUAUGCCGCCAAUGUUUCUAUUACAAGCUACUUCGAAAGUGAGUUUUUUGUUGUUUUGAUCACAAGUUACGUAAGAGCUUACAUCAUUAUUCUGAUAGCAUGUCAAUGCAUCUAUCACAAGAUAAUAAAUUAGCAUGACAAGUCAAUGUCGUGGCUCAAAAAGUUUAGUCAUUCACUUACCGAAUGAAAAAUUAACCAUAUUAAACAAAAGUAAUCUUACAAAAAUAUCCCAUCCACUUCUGUAUAUAUCUAUCUCAAGAUCCAUAAAACAAUAAUGCAUUAAUGCCAUACACUCUAUAUCAUGGGGGAAAGAACAUGCAUUGCCAUGGUUCCAUCUCCAGGAUUGAGCCAUUUGAUCCCACUUGUGGAGUUUGCCAAAAGAUUGGUUCUACAACACCAUAACCUCAAUGUAACAUUUCUCAUCCCAACACUUGGUUCUCCGACUCCUUCCACUUUAGCUAUCUUAAACAGUCUUCCACCAAACAUAGACUUCACUAUUCUCCCUCAACCUCAAGUCAACAUGCAAGACCUUCCUGAGAACAAGCAACCCGCAACAAGAAUGAAACUCAUUGUGAAGCACUCAAUUCCAUUUCUUUGUGAAGCAUUAAAAUCCUUAGCUUCUCACACUCACCUAGUUGCUUUAGUGUAUAGCGUUUUUUCAACUGAUGCACAUCAUGUGGCUAAGCAAUUCAACCUCUUGUCUUAUGUUUUCUAUGCCUCUGGGGCUGUAUCACUCUCAUUUUGCCUCUCUUUACCUAAGCUUGAUGAGACUACUUCCAAUGAAUUCUUCUUAGACUCAACCAACACUGUGAAUGUUCCAGGUUGUGUCAAACCUUUCAAAGUCAAAGAUCUUCCACAACCAGUUUUUUGUGAAAGAUCAAGUGAAACAUACAAAUCAUACUUUGAUGUGUGUCAAACACUAUCUUUGGUUGAUGGUGUCAUCGUGAAUACCUUCACGGAUUUGGAACCAAAUGUGAUAAGAGCUUUGCAAGAGAGAGAAGGUCCUUGUGUUUACCCAGUUGGACCUAUCAUUCAAACUAAGUCAAGUAAUGAGGUAAAUGGGUCAAUGUGUAUGACGUGGUUGGAUAAUCAACCACCAACUUGUGUUUUGUAUGUAUCUUUUGGGAGUGGUGGGACCCUUUCUUAUGACCAAUUCAUUGAAUUAGCUUUUGGAUUAGAAUUGAGUGGUCACAAGUUUUUAUGGGUUGUGAGAGGCCCAAACGAUUAUCCAGCCUCUGCAUAUUUUAUUGGAGAAAAAGAAGAGGAUCCACUAACAUAUUUACCAAAUGGAUUUUUGGACAGAACAAAAGGUCAAGGCUUAGUGGUUCCAUCAUGGGCACCACAAAUUGAGGUCCUUAGUCAUGGAUCCAUAGGUGGCUUCUUGAGUCAUUGUGGUUGGAGCUCAACUCUAGAGAGUGUGGUUAAUGGGGUGCCAAUGAUUGCAUGGCCUCUAUUUGCUGAGCAAAAGAUGAAUGCAAUAAUACUCAAUGAUGAGCUCAAAGUGGCACUGAGGCCUAUGGUUGAUGAGAGUGGUAUAGUGAAAAGAGAGGAAAUUGCAAAGAUUAUAAAGAGAGUCAUGGAAGGUAAAGAAGGGUUGGAAAUGAGGAAAAGAAUGAACGAGUUCAGUGAUGCUGCUGCUUUUGCCCUUGGUGAGCAUGGUUCUUCUAUGAGGGCACUCUCCAGUCUUACCACUGAAAUAACAAAACAUUUGAAUGGCAUCUAGGAACUAUUAAUAAUGUAUUCAAAGGUCAUACAUAGUAUUGCAGUGUAAGCCUAAGAUUGAACAUAAACAAUAAAUUUGAUAUUUAUCAAAACUUGGAAGAAACAUGCAGUCACUUAAUUAGAGCUGUUGAAUUAAUGAAAAUGGAACAGUUCAACGUUUAUUCUUGACAAAUCAAAUUAAAAAAUACACAAAAUUUUAGUUGUCUAUUCUUCAUCUAGUUGCUUUGAUUUGCAAAAUUGUGACUGCUUGAUUUGCUGAUUAGUUGAUUCCACCAAAUUCAUUUACCUUCUAUCUAUUUCAACAAUUGAAUAAUAAUAAAAAAAGAU